ACCUUUUGCUCCUUUACCUCAGUUUACACAUAAAAUCUUAUAUAAAAACAAUAUAAAUAUAUAAAUAAUUAUCUAUAGUAAAAUAUAUCUUUGUUUUUUUUGCUUUUCCCUCUAUCAUUAUCUCUCUCUCUCCUUCUCUCUCCUUCACAAUCACAUCUCUCUCCCCCUCUCUCUAUCUCUCACUUUAAUUCUCUCUCUCUGUAUCCUCUUUUCUUAACCUCUCUCUCUCUCUCUCUCCUUCUUACAUCGUUAAUCGCCUGUUAAAUAAAUUUAAUAAUUUUGUGUAAAGCUUUUUUUCAUCGGAGGACAUUUAAAGUGUUUUUUGUUUUCGCUCCUCUAUCCUAUAAAGUUCAUCUAUCUUAAUUGUAAUAAUAGUAAUAACAAUAAUAAUGAGUGACGUUAUCAAUGGAUUUAUUAAAGCUCAAAAAGAGGAUAAAAUGGUUCAUGUAAAUGGUAGUGAGGCUAAUCUGAGUGAAGAAACGCCAAUUGUAAAGACAAAAAGAUUUACUUAUUCAAAGGAAGAACUUAUCGAGAUAUCAAAACAACCUUACUGUGGAAAGCGUCCCAAAUUCCUGGAUCCUGACUAUGUCAAUAAAUCAGGUCUCUGGGAUCCAGAUUUGUGGAUGAAUUACAAAAACCCAUCAAAUAAGCCGAUUCCAUCCAGUUUACCAAGCACACGAGACCAUGACUUAUCAGCCCCAGGUUUGACUAAUAAAAAUAUCAGGGGUCCACCGAAACGUGUUAAUGGCGAAAGUGAAAGCUCCUUAAGGAAUAGAAAGGAUCCUAGGGAUCGAGUUAAAGAAGAAUCUCAAGAUGAUAUCGUUUUAAGUCCUCAAAGACGAAGCUUUGGCACAGGUUGCCACAUAGUACCUGUAAGGAAUGAACAGCCAGUUGCAACUGGCACUCAAGCUCAGCGUAGCUCUGUUGGCAAAGCAGAUAACCAUGCCCAUCAACAAGACCGACGUGAAGAACAAUUAUUACAUAGAAAUGAUAAUGUAAAUCGAAGAAUAGGAUCUGGUCGUCUCUUGAAUCAGCGUGAUAAGUCAAACUUGGAAUGGUCUAAGUCUCGAGAUCGUGAAGAGGAGAUUGAAAACAGACGAUCAAACCUCAGAUACACUAAUGGUAACUCGAAUAACUCUGGAAGAUAUGACUAUGAUCGUAGAUCAUCUAUGAACAACCGUCGAUAUGGUCAUCAUGAUCGCCGUGAUAGUAGAAAUCACGAAGAAGAGGAACCUGAAUGGUUUACUGGUGGUCCAACAAGUCAACAUGAUACUAUUGAGCUUAAAGGUUUCGAAGAAGAGAUGCCUGAAGAUGAAGUGUCCAAAGGACGACAAAAUCAUCAUCGACCACAAAACCAACAUGUAGAACCAGAAUCACGUGGCCAGGGCUCUCUAAUAAAUAACGGUGAUGUUAAAGAGCAUUUUGAAAAUCACAAUCACUACAAAAGUAAUGGUGUAGAAGAGCACGAGUCUGGUUCGAAAGAAAUCCAAGAUUUCGAUAUUAAUGAAAUGUUUAAGUUUGAAGGCUGGAAAAAUAUUGUCAGCAUGAGUCCAGAGAAUGUUACUUCCAUUCCAGGGUUUACCGACCCGAAUGUAUCAGGACAGAAUCAAAAUGGCGGUACCAGUAGAUUUGCUCAAUGGUUUAAUGUCAGUAGGACUGAAACGGAAAGCCCCAUUGACAGAUUACUCCAAAAUGUUACCUUUUCAUCAUCAUAUAAUGCUGCCCCUCACGAUUCUCGUCGUUCAUCGGUACAAGAGAUUGAAAGAACCCUUUUCAAUCACAAUCAUUUGGGAAAUGGUUCCCAUCGCAUUGAUCCAACUGUCUUGGGAUUACGUAAUCCUGAAACUUACAACGGACACCAUCAUCACAACGGUGGUCAUAUCAAUACAAAUGGUACUGAAAACGGUGCACAUGGUCACAAUGAUAGUCCAGUCAACAAAGGAAAAGAUUUGCUUAACCUUCUUCAAAAGGCCAACAUUAACAUCAAUGAUUUAAUGCAACAACAAUCAUCUUUGCCUACUUUGCCUAAGUUUGAACACGCGAGAAGUGUAGAAGAGAUUGAAGCAGGUCUCAGGUCUUUUCCUAUCAGUGGGUCCAAUCAACAUGAUGGAAAUCAACAAGACAAGAAUGUUGAACACAGUGAUUUCAAUAGAUUGCUUCUUAAAGCAAUGUCUCGUCGAGGAACUCAAUUUGUUAAUCCAAAUUCCAAAGCGCCUGUAGUCAUACCUUUGAAUGUGAGACCACCAAUACAUUUGCCCGGAAAACCUCAAUUUGUUAAUCAAAAUUUCGUAGGACCUCAAUUUGUUAAUCAAAAUUUCGUACAACCUGUAGUCAUUCCUCUGAAUUUUACCCCUACAUCUGUUAUACGAAAAUUUGCCGAAAAAGACAAAGAUGCGAUUCGUAAGAAAACAUACAGAAAUCGAUGAAAAAAAUUCAAAUUCAAAACAAUAAAUCGCAAUUAAUUAAUUCUGUGUAAUAAUUAUGAUAAAUGUCACCCUGUUGAAACAAAGAAAAGUCAAUUGUUUACUGUUCACCAAAACACCAACUUAAAAGCCAUAUUUUAUGCUCUCAACGGGUCAAAUGACAUUCAGUUAUGACAAGAAAAACGAAAAUCUAAUCGAAAAUAAAUAAACAUCAAAUGGCAUAAAAAAAUAAA